AUGGGCCUUGAUGCUGGUUUCGACAUGGUUCCGCCACUGGAAAAUAAUUCCAUGGACAAUCAAAGGUGGCUGCGCUUCAUCACUGCCGUCAAGGAAGCCUACAAACAUGACGAGCAGGUGCGUGUUGAAGUCAAUGUUGUCCACUUCCACGCGGGCGAACAUCCGCUGCUUCCAUUCCAGGGUCACAAGUUCCGUCGCUUUAGCUCCAGGAUAAGUGGCCCCUGCAGCGAUGUCUAUGACUACCUGGAAACAGUUAGUUACCUUGCUCGUCAGUAUUUCGGCGCGCAGGUUGUGUUGUGGGAUGAGUCUUCUGGCGAGGAUGGCUUCUAUGACUGGGGAGAGGUCCAUAAUUCGAUCAAGUCAUAUGACGAGAGGCUCGAAAAGCCAGUGCAGAUUGCGCCGCUUAGGGACGCCCUCAAGCAGCUACCCGACGUCCUCCAGCUACAACAAAGAAUAGAGCAGAUUGUGGAUUUGCAAACAGCGUUUGUUCCUGCUCGGGCCAGACCAGCCAUCCAGAAGAAGCUCGCCAGCAGAGCAUGGAGGGAUGACUGGUAUCAAGAGGACGACGACGUGCCCGCGACAAAGGCUCAGCUGGAGGCGGAGCUGGAGGAGCUCUUGGAAAUCCAAAAGACCGCAGACGCCUGCUUCAAUGACGAGGCAUCAGAGUGUUCUUGGAACAGCCAAGUGCAUUAUCCACUCCUCAGGCAAGCGACAAAAUGGUGCUCUGGGGUUACAAAUCUCCCAGUUACAACGGCGCGCAUCGCGAAGGAAUGGGCGCCUGUUCAAGUUAACGGUAUAUCUGCAACGUCUUCAGCUGAAACCUCGGUAACGAAAACUAAAGGGCAACCGAGCUCGGCCAAGAUGAUUGAUUUUGCCCUAGUGCUGGACGAAUCCGUAAAUACGGACCUAGGAGCGGCGGUCAGAACAGCUCUCCGGCAAAGCACAUCCGUGUCCGUGAAUCAUUCUGACUACGGGCCUCUGAGGUACCGUCCACUGGGGGCGCCAAUUGAAACUAAUGUCUUGGCGGCCGCCAAUAUAGGUCGUACGCCAAUGUCGGUAUGGGCUGCUGGCUGGUUUGCUCGCAUGGAGGCUUGGGCAUUUGAGACGGGUGUCCAAGCCCCAUCGACAUUGCCAGUUAUUUUAGUCACAGAACUUGACUGA